AUAAGUGCCGUGUCUGCGUGUUGCAUGUUGACAUUGACAACGAGCCCAGUUUAGGCAAGGGGCUUUAUGGACUAGUUUCCAGUGCUCCUAUAAGAAUAAAUAAGAAAGAAAAGAAAGACAACGAGCAGCGUAUCCUGUGCACUGUGUACCAGUGUACUCAGGCCAGGCCUCAGCAUGAACACCCUGAAAAGAAGAAGAUAAGUCACUUCCAUGCCAAACCAAGCAGCUUAGAAGUUAGAAUGUGGAUUGACUUUUGAAAAUGCUGUGAAUUUGACGAACAUCUCUGCAAUACAAAUUUUCAAUUCACACCUGAAGUAAGGCCUUCUCUCAACGAUAGUAGUGGCUGCAUAUACAUCAGACAUCACCUACUGCACCUAUGCAAUAUUGAGCAGCACCAGCACCACUGUUGACAUCAGUAACUGGCUUAAAGCUUAAAAUCAACACUAUGAGCAGCAAUAUCAGCACCACGUCCGAGAAAAAAAGUAGCUUCAAGCCUAAAGGCAAUCGUGCCCAGACCAUCUGUCUGCCAGGCACGUGUGCUUCCCUACACAGUUCUCAGCUUCUAGUCUCCUCUGGCAUACCUUCCUUGGAUGGAAUACUGGGAGGCGGCAUCCCUGUCGGGUCCUUGCUUCUGCUGGAGGAGGACGAAAGCAACGUCUACGCUCAGUAUUUCAUGAAGUGUUUUUUGGCUGAAGGUGUCACAUCUGGUCACGAAGUAAUGGUUGCCAGCGUAGAUAGCGACCCAGUGAAGCUUAUCUCAAGUCUGCCGUCACCAGUCCCUAAUAAAGAAGACUCAAGAGAAGAAAACGACGAAAGUGAGAGUAUGAAGAUUGCUUGGAGAUAUCAAAACCUCAAUCAAGUAACCUCUUGUGACAAUUCUCGGUCUUUUGGCCAUCACUACGAUUUGAAGUCUACCAUGUCUGCAGAUUUGCUUGACAAUUGCGAAAAAUUUUAUUGGGAUGGAAAGGAGAAACAUCCUAAUUCAAACGCAACCGCAUUGCCUUUAUAUAGAAAUUUAUUUAGUUGCCUGCAUUCCCUUUUGUCUGCUCGAAAACUGUUCACAUCCACACCAAACGACAAGCCUAACAUUAUGCGUAUAGGGAUUUUCUCGCUUGCCUCUUGUGAAUGGGGUGAUGAUUUAUGUCACUCCCUUGGUUCUGACUCCACAAAUCCUGUCUGGUCUGAAGUUACAUCUUUCUUCGCCUUGCUCCGUGCUUUGGCACGUCAGUCUUACACCGUAGCUUUUGUAUCCGUGCCUUCUUACCUAUUCGUUGACUCGGCAUUGUUGGGGCGAUUGAGCUAUCAUGCUGAUUACGUUAUCGGCCUGGAAUCUUUUCAAGGCACCGAUAAGGAAGUGAAUCCUCUCUUUAAAGAGUAUCAUGGCCUUCUCCAUAUAAAUAAGAUCUCUGCUGGGAAUUCGCUGGUGGCACCGUUUGUUGAUACCCAUGAUUGGGUGUUCAGGCUCAAGAGAAAGAAACUUUCCAUCGAGAAACUACAUCUACCACCAGAUUUAUCCGAGACUGUCAGUAGGAGUGCAACUGAUCCCGUUAAAAACACAGUUUCUUGCAGUGGAAGCCUACCUAAUAAACUUGACUUCUAGA